UCGUUUUCAUCCAAAAUCCGAUCCCCAGCUGCUGGCUGGCUGGCUGUCUCUCAGGGGCAUUUUGGUCUUAUGCUCCGACCGUAGUACAUCUUUCUGAGUCGUUACCGAGCUGCUUGCGUUGGCCCUCCUCUCCUCCCCCUCUCUUGUAGUCUCUGUGAAACCCCCCAAUCAGAUCUCAAUUUCAAACCCUAAUUCUGGGACACCCCGAUCUCUAUCUUCCUUGUCAUUUUGUUCCCUCUGUCUGGGAUUUUGAUCUCCUCAUACAAUGGCGUGCAUAAAGGAGGUGAGCAGAUCCGCCUCCGUGGCGCUGUCUCCGGACGCUCCGUACAUGGCGGCCGGGACCAUGGCAGGGGCUGUGGAUCUGUCGUUUAGUUCGUCCGCCAAUCUCGAUAUCUUCAAGGUCGACUUCCAGUCGGACGAUCGGGAGCUGAUACUGGUGGGCGAGUGCCCCAGCUCCGAACGUUUCAAUCGCCUCGCGUGGGGAAGAAAUGGAUCCGGCUCUGACGAACUUUCCCUUGGUCUCAUCGCCGGUGGCCUUGUCGAUGGGAAUAUUGAUAUUUGGAAUCCAUUCUCUCUGAUCCGUUCUCAGUCUGGCGAAAGUAUGCUUGUUGGACAUCUUCAAAUACAUAAAGGGCCUGUCCGUGGUCUCGAGUUUAACGCUAUAACACCAAACCUGCUUGCUUCUGGUGCUGAUGAUGGUGAGAUUUGCAUUUGGGAUCUUGCUAAGCCUUCGGAGCCUUCUCAGUUUCCUGUUCUGAAGGGUAGUAGUUCUGCUGCACAAGGUGAAAUUUCUUUUUUAUCGUGGAACAGAAAGGUUCAACAAAUAUUAGCAUCCACCUCAUAUAAUGGGACAACUGUGGUCUGGGACUUGAGGAAGCAGAAGCCUGUAAUUAGCUUUGCAGAUUCUGUUCGACGACGGUGCUCAGUUUUGCAGUGGAAUCCUGAUAUUGCAACUCAGAUUAUUGUUGCAUCAGAUGAUGAUAGUUCUUCUACUCUGAAGCUUUGGGACAUGAGGAAUACAAUGUCACCCAUGAAAGAGUUUGUCGGCCACACGAGAGGCGUGAUUGCAAUGGAGUGGUGCCCAAGUGACAGCUCGUAUCUUCUUACCUGUGCUAAAGACAACCGUACUAUUUGUUGGGACACAAAUACAGCAGAGAUUGUAGCUGAGUUACCUGCUGGCAACAAUUGGAAUUUUGAUGUUCAUUGGUACCUAAAUAUACCUGGAGUUAUAUCAGCAUCUUCAUUUGACGGGAAAAUAGGCAUCUACAACAUUGAGGGUUGCAGCCGCUGUGGUGCUGGAGAGAACUAUUUUGGUGCUGCUCCCCUAAGAGCACCAAAAUGGUACAAGCGACCUGUUGGUGCAUCUUUUGGCUUUGGCGGAAAGCUUGUUUCAUUUAACCAAAAGCUUCCUCAAAAGGGUGCUUCGAACAAUGCAUCUGAGGUAUUUUUGCAUACUCUGGUCAUGGAACAAAGUUUGGUGAAUCAUUCUUCUGAAUUUGAAGAUGCACUAGAGAAAGGAGACAAGUUUUCUCUAAGGGUUUUGUGUGAGAAGAAAUCUCAUGAGUCUGAAUCUAGUGAGGAAAAGGAGACAUGGGGCUUGUUGAAAACUAUGUUUGAAGAUGAAGGAACUACAAGAACGAAGUUGCUUAAUCAUCUGGGCUUUAGCUUGCUUUCUGAGGAGAAGGAUAAAGCAGUAGACGGACUUUCUUCAGAUCUGAAUGGCACUCAGUUGGAUGACACUGUGGAACAAGAUGCAAUGGAGCCUGAGUACAAUAAAGAGGCGGCUGUAUUUGGUAUGGAUAAUGGUGAAGACUUCUUCAACAAUCUUCCAAGUCCUAAGACUGAUACUCCUGUAUCAACAUCUGCUGCGGACUUUACUCCCCCAGCUACUGGUUAUGGUGCAAACAUAGAAGAGAUUCAACAAAUACCAGAAGACGAAGAAGAAAUCUCUGAUCCAGUAUUUGAUGAUACUCUCCAACGUGCUUUAGUUGUAGGGGAUUACAAGGAAGCGGUAGCUCAGUGUAUAUCUGCAAAUAAGUUCGCUGAUGCUUUAGUCAUUGCUCAUGUUGGCGGCGCUGCACUGUGGGAGAGUACUCGUAAUAGAUAUCUGAAGAUGAGCUGUGCACCUUACAUGAAGGUUGUUUCUGCGAUGGUGAACAAUGAUCUCAUGACCCUUGUUCACACCAGGCCACCAAAGUUCUGGAAAGAAACUCUUGCUCUCCUUUGUAGUUUUGCACAAGGAGAUGAAUGGACCAGUCUCUGUGAUGCUCUCGCCUCAAAGUUGAUGGCUGCCGGUAAUACUUUGGCUGCAACUUUGUGCUAUAUUUGCGCAAAUAAUGUUGACAAAACAGUAGAAAUUUGGUCAAGCAGCCUUGUAAAUGAGCGUGAUGGAAAAUCUUAUGCUGAGGUUCUUCAAGAUUUUAUGGAGAAGACCCUUGUUCUUGCCUUGGCAACCGGGAACAAAAGAUUCAGCACAUCCCUCUGCAAGCUUUUUGAGAGUUACUCUGAGAUUUUGGCCUGUCAGGGGCGUCUAAUGACGGCGAUGAAGUGUUUGAAAGUUCUGGAGUCUGGUGGCUUGUCACCUGAACUUUCAAUCUUACGGGAUCGGAUUGCCCUGUCUGCAGAACCUGGUGCUGUUGUAGAUACUCAAAAUGCUAGUUCGAUUGACCCUCAUCCUGAAAGCCCACUGCCAUAUCAUCAGAAAGCAACUCAAAUGACACCAAGUGUUCCUGGUAGUCCAUACGAUAAUCAGUAUCAACAACAGUACAAUGAUUCUUAUGCGGGAGGGAUUGUCCCUUCAAGUUCGCAUCCACCUAUGCAGCAGCCGUCCAUGUUUAUGCCUAACCAAGCUCAGCCUGAUCCACAGCCAUCUUUCGUUCCUGCUCCUGUAAGCAAUGCUCAGCAAUCCAUGAGAACUACUUUUGUUCCUUCAACUCCUCCUGCUCUAAAGAACGUCGAGCAAUAUCAGCAGCCAACCAUGGGUUCUCAUUUGUUUACUGGUUCUGGUAACACUGCUCCCCCAGGUCCUGGUCCACAUGGAUCGGCUGCUUCACAAGUUGGUCAUUUUCCUACCCCAAAGAUGCACCAAGUAGUUGCUCCAACGACAACACCUAUGGGGUUUAUGCCAAUGGCAACUCCAGGAGUCGCUCCAAGAACUGGAGUGGGUUCGGUGCAGCUAGUAAGUGGUUCUUCACAGCAAGCAGAUGCACAACCAGCUCCACCGCCAACUGUUCAGACUGCAGAUACUUCCAACGUGCCAGCCCACCAGAAACCCAUAAUAGCAACACUGACAAGGCUUUUCAGCGAGACAUCAGAAGCAUUAGGAGGAACACGUGCUAAUCCAGUGAAAAAACGUGAAAUAGAAGACAACUCGAGGAAAUUAGGGGCUCUGUUUGUGAAACUCAACAGUGGAGACAUCUCAAAGAAUGUGGCAGACAAACUGGCGCAGCUCUGUCAAGCUCUGGACAAGCAUGAUUUCAGCGGAGCACUACAGAUACAGGUGUUGCUAACGACCAGCGAAUGGGAUGAAUGCAACUUCUGGCUGGCCACACUGAAGCGGAUGAUCAAGACCAGGCAAAAUGUGCGGUGAAGGGAUCUUAAGUUCCACAGGGUGUGCCUACUGUUUCUUCCAAAAUUCAUCACAAGAAAGAUAUUUGUGGUUCUGUUUCUUUUUUGACAAAAAAAAACGCACUGCCCUCACAAUCUUGAUUACUCUGCAAAGAGACAUUUGAUGUUUCUUUUCUCCGAAUUUGUCAAGUUCAUAAUAUAAUGAUAAGAUUUCCUUCCCUUUUUUGUGAGGGUUUUAA